UGCAGCAGAGGCAACCCCAGAGGGUAUGACACCAAAGCAAGGGUUCUGCUUUAGGAAGGUGCAAGGGCACUAUUCUUUCGGUUUUAGUGGCUGCAUGUGCCCAUUUGAAGGAUUCCUGAGUUGGAAUACAAAUCUUCUGAGUGUUGGGAUAGGACCUACACCUAUGACCAGGUGAAAGCUUGAUAAUGGAAUCCUUCAGCUAGGGUGGAGGAUUCAACUGGGAUCUGUUUACAGUAUGAGUGCUGGGUGGCUUGAGAGUAUGUGUGGCGGUUGUGGAAAUAGGAUGGGAUAGGAAUAGGUUUGAUGCAUUGACUGCUAGGUGGUGGUAGUAAGUGAUUGAUGAAAAGUUAGCUUGUAUAGAUAUUCUUGGGGAUUAUGGGCUGGUAGUGGUUGGAUGAGAUUGUGUUGAGUGUUUUUAUGUUGGUACGGUAAUCCUGUAUGUGUUUAACUGGAUAUUGAGAAUUAAUAUUGUCAGGGUGGAUGGAGCAGAGUCAUGAUAGUUUUCUGGGAUGUGCCUGGGGAGGUCAGUAGGCUUUCCUUGAUUCCAUUGGUUACAGGCAGAAGUAGUUAUGACACUGGAGAGCAGACAUACCAUUUGCAGAAAAAGGGACACAGCCAUGUACAGACUGUGUCCCUUUCUGAUCUUUCCCUUAUCUCUUGUCUGCUAGUAGCUUGGUUGUUGGGCCUUCUGCUCCGACAAUGAAGCUGUUUAACACCAGUUCAGUUCGCAAUAACACCAUACUCACGAGGGAGCCAUUCUGGGAUGCGUUUCUGAGACAUAUGUGGGCUAGAUAUCAAGAAAGUGUGUUCACCUAUGUACUUUCUACAGCACCAGCUGAAUCGGAUAAACACACAUGUGCGAGUUGGAGUUGUUAUAGUCCAUAUAAUUAAUUUAUCUGGCUAAUAAACCUCCCUGAUCUGGAAUGGGCUUUGAGAGCCUACUAUUUGGCCAUCCAGACAGACUGGGAAUGUUGCUUGUGUACCCCUAACCUUUCUGGACUGAGUUUGCUAAGGUGGUGUUGAAGAACUGUUAUUCUGAGCACUAAAUAUCCAUGUUGGCUUUAUAACUUCCAUGACUGACUGUUUGUCAUUGGCAAACAGAGAUGAUCACACCCUCAAUCUUGUGUUUGAUUCAGGGCAGGUGGGAGUGAGAGUCUGGAAAUGGAGAAAGGUGUCCUGAUAACCCCAUUGUUAUGGUCAGACCAUUUCUUGGUAAGCUUUGAUCUUAUAUUACCAGUUCCCCCUUCAACGAUGGGACCCCCAUUAAGAUCCAUGGUGCAACUAGAGGUACUUCAGCCCAAUGAGUCCCCAAAUGCAUGGUUUUUAUCCACCAUGAACUGUGCAUUCAGUAUUGUAAAGCCAAUUUUGUAGAACUGCCUUCUAGUUGAGAUCGAACAGGUGCCCUAUUCUUUUUCACAAUUAUAUUGAUUGGAUGGUCUAUAAAUAUUUGUUACAAUCCAGUGAAUUCAGUCCCAAAUUCCAUUGGAAUUGGUUUAUUUUGGUGCACAAUAACUCCGUUUUGCAAUAUGAUCACUUACAUCUUAUAGGUCAUAAAAACCAAUUAAAUCAUUGUGCAGGUGAAAUGGUUUCCACAAGUGCAACAGUACUUCUCACUCUCCUCCCCCUACAACAUCCUCUAAUCUGCUCCAGAGGGCUGAGGGAACCCCACAGAGCAGAUCUGGGAGGUAUUUGGAUGAAAGGGAAGGGAACUGUCAUUGCACUAACAGAAGUUGUUUCAUUUUUGCAGUGAUUUAGUUGGGUUGAAGCCAUGAAUUGGAAUCCAGUUGGUGCCCCUCCCUUUCACUUGAUGAUGAAAAAGUCCCUGUUUUGCCUGAAAGAUUGUCUACAAUAGUACACAGUCUUAGGGCAAAUAAUUUUGAUGUGUUCAUUAUGAUCAAAGAAAUGUGUAUAAUUUUGACUGGUAUUGUGUAAUAAAUGAAUAAAGUGAGUUUUCCAAGGCUUGAAGUCCUGCAAAGUCAUGAAGCUUGUUUAAGUUAACUUAGGCAAGUUUUUCCUCUCAACCUGUGUCAAAUGUUUCUGUGAGGAUAAAUGAAUUUGGGGCCCAGCAUCCUGAAAUUAAGUGACAAAUCUGAAUUGGGUUGACAUUCCCACUUAUCAAGAAGCUCAUUACAGAGCAUUUUUAUUGUUAGAUUAUUCAGCUAUGCCACACUAUUCCAAGUGCUUUCUAACUUGUAUGCUUUUUAAUCAAGGACAGUGAUAACAUCAUGUAUGCAUACAAAAACCUGAAAUCCUAGAUGUCUUUCAGCAGGAAUGGGACUUGCGUUUAAGAAAAUAGUUCAACAUUCACCACCAGAUUCACUAAAUAAACUGAAACCUGCUACUUCAACAGAAACAAAUGUUUUUAUCCAAGUUUCAUCAAACACAUGCCUCAAUGUGAGUGCUGCAAGGGCAUGAGGCUGCACCUUCUCCACAGUGAUGCCCACGUAGUGGAACACUUUGCCAGCUAAGGGCUAGACACGAGAUGUGGAUGUACUGCAAAUCAAGAGUUCUGAGUUCCCACUUGCCUGUGAGCUGCUACAUAUCUAGGCAAGUGGUUAUUUACAUGUCUGGCUUGAAAGAUCAGCAAAAAUGGGAAGCACUGGAUUCUGGUUUGCUCCUAGACAUGUCAGUGGAACUGGUUAAGACCAAAAUCUGAAGGUUUUUCUUCGUUAUCCAUCACCAGGUGUGCACUGAACAGAGGCUACCAUAAAUCUGUUUUGAGUAUGAACACCUUUUAAAAUGUCCCCUUUUGCUUUCUUUAACGACCACAUGAAACUUGAGAAGCCAUCUAAAGCUAAAUCAUUUAGUGGAGUUGGGCAAUUCCCAAGUGUCCAACAAGAAGGCCUGGUUUAGGCUGCGAUGGCCACUGUCAUUCCUGGUGAUUUGUCAGAAGUAAGAGAUACCCAGAAAGUCCCUUCAGGGAAACGUAAGCGUGGUGAAUCCAAACCAAGAAAAAACUUUCCUUGCCAACUGUGUGACAAGGCCUUUAACAGUGUUGAGAAAUUAAAGGUUCACUCAUACUCUCACACAGGAGAGAGGCCCUACAAGUGCACACAACAAGACUGCACCAAGGCCUUUGUUUCUAAGUACAAAUUACUAAGGCAUAUGGCUACUCAUUCUCCUGAGAAAACCCACAAGUGUAAUUAUUGUGAGAAAAUGUUUCAUCGAAAAGAUCACCUAAAGAAUCACCUGCAUACCCAUAAUCCCAAUAAAGAGGCCUUUAAGUGUGAAGAAUGUGGAAAGAACUACAACACGAAGCUUGGGUUUAAGCGUCACCUGGCUUUGCAUGCUGCAACAAGUGGUGACCUCACCUGUAAAGUAUGUUUGCAGACAUUUGAAAGCACAGGGGUGUUGCUGGAGCACCUAAAAACUCAUGCAGGCAAAUCAUCAGGUGGCGUGAAGGAGAAAAAGCACCAGUGUGAACAUUGUGAUCGUCGGUUUUACACCCGAAAGGAUGUCCGAAGACACAUGGUAGUGCACACUGGAAGAAAGGACUUCCUCUGUCAGUAUUGCGCACAGAGAUUUGGCCGGAAGGAUCACCUAACACGGCAUAUGAAGAAAAGUCACAACCAAGAACUUCUGAAGGUCAAAACGGAGCCAAUGGAUCUACUAGACCCAUUUCCUUGCAAUGUUUCUGUGCCUAUAAAGGACGAGUUACUUCCAGUGAUGUCUUUAUCUUCCAGUGAACUGACAUCAAAGCCAUUUACAAACACUUUGCAAUUAAAUCUCUACAAUACUCAGAUUCAGUCCAUGCAGAGCUCAACAUCUGCACACCAAAUGGUUGCCACAUCAUUACCUUUAGGAAUGCCUUGUCCAAUAGAUAUGGAAUCUGUCCAUCCUUCUCACCAGCUCUCUCUAAAAUAUCCACUCAGUUCUACCUCAUAUACAGUUUCUAUGACUGAUAAAGAGCAGCCAUUGAAAGGGGAAAUUGAAAGUUACUUAAUGGAACUGCAAAGUGGUAUGCCUUCUUCAUCCCAAGAUUCUCAAGCAUCUUCAUCUAAAUUAGGGUUGGAUCCUCAAGUAGGGCCACUAGAUGAUGGAUCUGGGGAUGUUUCCCUUUCGAAAAGUUCAGUUUCUAUUAGUGAACCUCUAAGCACCCCAUCACUGGACUUCUCUCAGUUAUUCAAUUUUAUACCUGUAAAUGGACCUCCUUUUAAUCCUUCUGUUUCUGUAGGAAAUCUUGGAAUGAGUUACACGCAAGAGGAAGCACAUUCAUCUAUGACGCAGCUUCCUCCACAGGCACAAGAUCCACAUGACCCUGGUAAUGGUAUAGGUCUUGGGUCUUUGCAUUCAUUAUCAGCAGCUUUCACGAGCAGUUUAAACACAACCACAACCUUACCACGUUUUCAUCAAGCUUUCCAAUAGGGUGAAAAAUUGCCUUGUGACAGGUUUAUUUGUAGAAAUGCCUUAGAUUACUUUUAUUAAUGUAGUGCCUACUAUGUCAUUUGUAAAUCUACUUUUGUACAGUACCAAUCUCAUUAAGCCAGUAUGAAAUUCAAAUUAACUUUUAAAAUAUUUUGAAUGUGUUCAUUCACAGUUGUUUACUCUGUGUUGUUUUUUUAAGUCUCUGUAUUCUCACUGCCAAUAGACCCACACUUAAAAAAGGAAAAGGAAACCAUUCCCACUAAAAGUUAUGUAUCCCUUGUUUAAAAUUUCAUUAAGAUCUGAUAAUUCACUUUGUCAAUGGAAUUGUGGCUAUUUUGAUACUUUCAAGACUAGGAACAAAACAUUAUUGUUAAUACAGAUGUCUGUGAAAAAUUCAGAAUAUUUUUGCCUUGUUCAUGAACUAAAAAUCAUGAUUUAUAAAUAAGGAAAUGUG